CUACGCUCGCCAGAAAACCCUUGAAAUCUCCGGAAUUUCUCACAAACUCUAGCCUCUAGGGUUCUUCUCGCUUAUCGGUCUUCCCGUUAAUCAAAAUCUCGGAUUUUUCGUAUUCUUCCUGUUUCCAUCUCGUCUGGUUUUUCGCAGUAAUAUCUGUGCGCCCCAGCAGUUCUUGUACUGAGGUGAAUGAAUGGAUUCUCGGAUUCACAGCAAUGGAAGCUAUAAUCCGACAUCAGGAAAUGACCCUUCAAGACCUGUGCCCCCUCCUCAUCUGCAACAGAAUCCAGCCUCUACAUCUGCUCCUCUGAUAGUUCAACAAGGUUACCGAACUCCUUACAUGUUUCCGCUGCCUCCACCUCCUUCUUCAUCAGUUGCUCAAGCUCCAUUAACCACAAUGCUAGAUACAACUCAAUCUUAUACACAUUCAUCAUAUUUAUAUCCGACUUCUCAACUCAAUUCUCAACAGUGGACUUCCCCUUCCCCGAGUAGUCAAACUUAUCGUCCACCUUCAAUGGUGUUGCCUCCACCGCCACCUUUACCUCCAGGUACAACUCCACGAGGGCAAGUAUUGUAUAGGCCCUCUUAUUCCAUGCCAAGUCUCCCACUUUCAAUACCUUUUGGAAAUUCGGAGUCUCCCGGGGGUUUUCUGCCUCCACCACCUCCUCCAUCUUCGUCAUCACUUGUCCCUGUUCUUGCGGCUGGAAAAAGUGAAGCUGGGAAGCAUGUUGGAGAAGCCUCUGCUUUCAGUGGCCAAGUUCCUGACCACAAAGGAAAAAGUUGUUCUAAGGUGGAUCCCGCAGUUGGAGAUGACGGAUCAGCAAAAGGGAGUUCCGCUUGUCAUGAAUAUUCGUCACCACCGGAGAAAGCUGAAGUGGGUUCUCCUUUAUGCGCGAAUUCUGACACAGAGAUGGAAGAUGAUAUCACACAACCUGAGGAUGAUCUGCAGGUGAACUACAACUACCCGAGCCAGACUCUUAAUUGUGGUUCCAUUCCAACUUCUGCGACACUGUUUAACAAUGAACAGUUGACUUCGCAGUAUGUUUCAGCUGAAAUCAACUCUACCAUGGGUCCUUCCAGGAAUCUCCAGACAGGGCCUUUUCCUGGCGAUAACACAUUGAGCUCUAAUGUUCAAUUAGGCCAGGAAAAGGAUAGUGAUGGAUCAAGACAAGCAUCUUCUUCACCCUACUCAGGGAGAGCAGAUAAUGUUCGUGAAUCUGGCAGCGGUGAUAUGUACGACCCGUUCUUUGACAGCAUCGAACCAUUGCCGAAUGUGUCUAAGACACCGACUAGUUUUCAGGAGCAUGAGCUGGCUAGUGACUCUGGCAUUAUGCCGAAGCUCAACAUUUCCUCAAACGGACCACCUGAUAUAGUAGAAAACAACAAAGGCAAUGAUACACAACGGCGUUGCGACUCAGACAUGAUGCCAAGGCCCAGCCUUUCCUCAUGCAAACCUCCUGUCAUUGAAGAAAACACUAGAGGAAAUGAUAUCGGAGCUGUAAUUACUGGCAAAUCCGAGGAAGACGAGGAAUUCGGUGAGAAUGCCGAUGGUGAAGCAGGAGGGGUUAGUCUUGAUACUGAUAGUCCCGACUCUCCUGAUGAAGUAGCGGAUUCAAACACUAAGGUGGGUGCGGAUGAGAAUCCAGCGGGGAAAAAGUCCAUGGAGAAGACAACAGACAAGGAACCGAGGUCCACGAGGCAUUUCAAGGUCGUACUCACACAGUUCGUGAAAGAUCUUCUGAAACCGUCAUGGCGGCAAGGUAAUAUGAGCAAAGAAGCGUUCAAGACGAUUGUGAAGAAGACCGUGGAGAAGGUUUUGAGAUCGAUGGAGGGUCGACGUAUACCCAAGUCAAGGGCUAAAAUUGAACGGUACAUCGAUUCCUCCCGGCAUAAGCUAACGAAACUCGUCACGGGCUAUGUCAAUAAGUAUGUCAAAGCGUAGAAGAUGACAAUCAUCGGCCUUUUUCACUUUGGUAGCUCCUUAUCCAGUGGUUGUGGAGAUUGGAAAACAGAUGUUUUUUUCUUCUUUUGUUUUUAACCAUAUGAGUCCUGUCUGAGAACGAUGAACAUGUGUACAUGAUUCUGUUUUGAUAUAUAAGAAUCGUUCUUGGGUU